UAAUGCUUCUGAACUUCUUGAGAGGACAUUUAGACAAUUGGUGAAGAGUUGAGGGGUUAGAUUAGUUGUAAGUGCUAUACAUAGAAAAUUAAGCAAACAAAAAGACUCCAGGGAAAACAAAGUUGUGAAAGAAAGAAGAACAAAAAACCAGAGUUUACUGUUUAGUGUAGCUCUGAAUAAUGUUUAGAGAGUCAAAAUGAUUUGAAUACUGAUGUAACCAACAUUAUGAUUUGACUUCUGGAAGAAUGAGGGGUUGGGAGGUGCAUGUUUGUGAUGAGAUCCUAGUAGGAAAGAGAACUAAACAUUGUCAUCUUCUUUAGUAGGAAGAUAAUAGAUAAUGCCCCAAAAUGAAAAAAUCAGAAAAUAGCAAUACAAGCAUAUUAUUUGAGGACACAGAAAUAAGUACCAGAAUAAUCAGCUAAAGGAAGUGAAUGUAUUCAUCUCUGGGGAGGGGUAGUGAGUACCAAAGACUUAUUUUUCUUAACAAAAUUUGUAGAACUGUUUGACUCUUUGAACUGUAUGCCUGUAUAAGUUUGGUAAAAAAUAAAAAACAAACAACAACUGACAUAGGAUUUAAGAGCAUGAUCUUUGGAGUCAGGCAGAUCUGUGUUUGAGCCUUAUUCUGUCACUUACUAAUGGUGUAACCCUGAGCAGUUUAACUGCUCAAAAUCUGUUUUCUCAUCCGAAAAAUGAGGAUAAUAUUUACCUUACAGAUUUGUUGUAAGGAUUAAAUGAUAUAAUUUUUUUAAACACACAUAGCACAUAGCACAUGCAGGCUAUUAUUUUUGGGGGGGGGGGUGUUGCUUCUCCAAUUUGGAGCAAGCAGUUAGAAGAAUGGAGAGGUAAUUAUCAGUCAGAAUUUCCCAUGUGGCUAGAGUGGGUAGAAUGCAUUUUGAUUCAAAGGAAGAUCCACGAAUGAGCCCUGAGGGUGUUUUGGGUCAGGAUGAUUGAAUGCUGGGCUCCAACUGAGUGUUGAUUAGAAAUAGCCCAGCUUAGACCAUGACUUUUCCAUCUGCAGGUCAUGGAAGAAUUUUAAGAAGCUUACUUAGUUUUUCAUCGUCAUGGAGUAGAGAGAACAAGUGAAAAUGUGCUAAAUAUAUGAAAGGAAAAUCUUGGGUUAAAGAUGAGAGCAAAACUAGAACAGGCUAAUGAGAGAUACAGACUUUCUGUUUUAGCCAGCCAUCUUUUGUUUAACAAGCCAAUGGAUAUAUUCCUACCUGGAGACUGAAAUUAGAUGGAAUGGUCUCUAAGGAGUUGAUCCAAGUUUUAUGAGAACAGUAGGAACAAAACAGAAUGGGAAGCCUUAAUGAAAAAUCAUGCUCUCAAUAUUUGAGAAACUACAACAGUGUUUUCUUUUCUCCUUCUUUUGGAUUGAGAGUUAUUUCACGGAAGGCAUUACUAACUAUCCCACCCUAUGCAGACACCCCAGAAUCCAACAAUAGCGUGUAUACUUCCUUCAUGAAGUCUCAUCGCUGCUAUGACCUGAUUCCCACAAGCUCCAAAUUGGUUGUAUUUGAUACUUCCCUACAGGUGAAGAAAGCUUUCUUUGCUUUGGUGACUAAUGGUGUACGAGCUGCCCCUUUGUGGGAUAGUAAGAAGCAAAGUUUUGUGGGCAUGCUGACCAUCACCGAUUUCAUCAAUAUCCUGCACCGCUACUAUAAAUCAGCUUUGGUACAGAUCUAUGAGCUAGAAGAACACAAGAUAGAAACUUGGAGAGAGGUGUACCUACAGGACUCCUUUAAGCCACUUGUCUGCAUUUCUCCUAAUGCCAGCUUGUUUGAUGCUGUAUCUUCAUUAAUUCGAAACAAGAUCCACAGACUGCCAGUUAUUGACCCGGAAUCAGGCAACACCUUGUACAUCCUUACCCACAAGCGCAUCCUCAAGUUCCUCAAAUUGUUUAUCACCGAGUUUCCCAAGCCAGAGUUCAUGUCCAAGUCUCUGGAAAAGCUGCAGAUUGGCACCUAUGCCAGCAUUGCUAUGGUCCGUACUACCACCCCUGUCUAUGUGGCUCUGGGCAUCUUUGUGCAGCACAGAGUCUCUGCCCUGCCAGUGGUGGAUGAGAAAGGGCGUGUGGUGGACAUCUACUCCAAGUUUGAUGUUAUCAAUCUUGCAGCAGAAAAGACCUACAACAACUUAGAUGUGUCCGUAACCAAAGCCCUGCAACAUAGAUCACACUACUUUGAGGGUGUCCUCAAGUGCUAUCUGCACGAGACUCUGGAAACCAUCAUCAACAGGCUGGUGGAAGCAGAGGUUCAUCGACUUGUGGUAGUGGAUGAGAAUGAUGUGGUCAAGGGAAUUGUAUCACUGUCUGACAUCCUGCAGGCCCUGGUGCUUACUGGCGGAGAGAAGCAGCCCUGAGCUGGGGAAAGGGAUCAGGCUGCUCUAGGGGAUAUGCUCUGCUGGGAUCACAGAUGAAACCUUGGGAGAACUGUAACUCUGUUCCCUGCUCAGGAGCCCCCUUCCCUUCUACUUGAAGCUUGGGGAGAAGUAAAGGGAGGAAAGAGAAUGGAGUUUUAGCUGCCCUCACCCUCACACAUACACAUAUACUUGAGAAAAUCUUUCAGGCUAACCUGUCCCAGCCCUUGUCCUCUUAGACAUAAUCCCCUUUCUGGGUAAACAAUGGGCUCUGUUCCCAUUAGGAGAAUUCUGAUCUCCAAGAGAUCCCCAGAUCUCACCAACCCUUGCCUCUUCCCUUGCACCUUUCUCCACCAGAAGGUAAAAGGACAACAAAACUCUUCAUAAAGCUAUUUUUAUUCAUCCUGUUUCAUGCUUUAUGGGAGCGGCUGAGUCUAUUAAGUGGCAUUUCUUCCCAUAAUGGGACUGGGGAGGAUCGUGAGGAGGAGGGCCUUUGGGUUCCUGUGCUGUACUCAUGUGAAGGCAGAUGGGGUUAGCUGGGGGAGGAGGGCAGAGUGGUUAGCUGAGGUUUUUGCUUUUCAUGGCGAAUCUAAUUAAAAUGACGGGAACCUCUU